AUGCAUACUUGUUUCAUCGCGCUAGCAUCUGCGUCUGUUCUGCAUCUGCCUCUCUGGUCUUCCGUAGUGUACGGAUACAUGGUCCCCAUCAGAGAGCCUCCCGCCCUUGUCUUUCCAUCUCCUCGAGUCCCUCCCCUUCAGGAACCCUUGCUGGUUCGUUGUAAAGUCUGGUGUGCCUCGUAA